AUGAGUCGAUAUCAACGACUUUACAUAUAUAUGUUACUUGGUUUUGCUAUUUGGUUUUUAAUUUUUAUUAGUCAAAUUUUAUAUUUUUCAACAUUUUCGACGUCCGAUUACUGUUGGUUUUCGUCUUGUAAAAAGAAAUUUUCAGUAUCUAAUAUAUCCAGACAACGACAUAGAAUCAUAAAUUCAAAUGAAAAAUCUAUUCUGGCACGCAUUCAUCAUCAACCUCUAUUACAACGGUAUGAAUCUUAUCAUGUUAAUUUCGUUCGCUUAACAAAACCUCGAACAUCACCCAAAAAAUAUUUAAUUUAUACAUGCAAUCAGCCAUGUGGUGGUUGGGGUGAUCGAACUCGGAAAAUAGUCGGUGCCUAUUUAUUGUCGUUAGUCUUAAAUCGGACAUUUCUUAUAAAUAUAACAUGGCCUUGCCCAAUAACUCAUUUAUUAGAACCGAAUUUUAUAAAUUGGAAUCAAACAAUAAAAAAUUUGUCGAAACUAAAACAUACUACGAUAUAUAAUCUUUCAGCAUCGGACAAUGAUUAUCGUGAGGUAGUAUCAUGGACGGAUAUUGAUGUAAUUUUUUUUAAAGUUAAAGAUCUGGCUUAUUAUUCGUUAUUAUUGUGGCGUGAUGAUUUUUAUCGUGUUCUUCACAUACACUAUGGUUUACACCGUUCAACGUUAUUUAUUCAUACUGUAUUUACAUUAGUAUAUGAAUUGUUAUUUAAAUUAAAAUCUCAUCCACAAUCUCAUAUAGAUGAGAUAUCAGAAAAAAUUCAUCUGAGACAUCUCUCAUGUGCACAUAUACGUAUUGGAAAAAAUCCAACGAAUCCCAACGAUGUAGUGUUUCCUAAACGUGAACGAAUGAAUACAACUGUAAUAGAAUUUUUAAAAAAUAUAUCGAAAUCCAAUGAAUUGAUGUUUAUUUCAACUGACUCAGAAGAAAUACAAAGCUACGCAAGAAAACAAUUUCGUUCACGUUUAUUAAGUAUUGAUGGAAUUAUAAGACAUAUUGAUCGUUCAGGAAAAAAAUUAGCAUGCGAUGGACUCGAAAAAACUAUAUUAGACUUUUACAUGAUUUCACGUUGUCAUACGAUGGUUAUGAGUAAAAGUGCUUUUAGUUUUUGGGCAAAUACACGUCGAUUGAAACCUUAUGAGAAUUUGUAUAUAUAUUGUGAUGGAAUAAAACAAAUUCGUGGCCCAGGUGAUUAUGACCGAUAUCCGUAUGGUCGAUGUUAA